GUAACACGAGCCGCUCACAAUGCAAGUGCCGUGGAACUUUAGAUUCGGGAUAGUGAUUCUCGGAGACUCAUCCGUAGGGAAGUCGUCUCUUCUGCAUCGCUUCACUGAAGGAACGUUUGAUGAAUCUCGUCAGUCUCCACUGGGAAUUGAUUUCAAGGUGCACAAUAUGAACUUUGACCCUGAUGUUGUGAUCAAACUGCUUCUGUGGGACACUGCAGGCCAGGAGAGAUUUAGGUCCAUAUGUAAGUCUUAUAUGAGGAACUCUGUGGGCUGCAUCCUGAUGUUUGACGUCUCACAGCGACAGACGUUUGACCGUGUGGGCAGCUGGCAGCAGGAAGUCCUGGACUAUGUGAAACCGAACCCGAUGUUCUUCGUGCUUGUGGGUCACAAAUGUGAUCUGGCCGUGGGACGAAAGGUCAGGAAGAGUGAAGGAGACGCUCUGGCUAAAAAACUCAACAUGCUGGCUUAUCUUGAGGUGUCUACAAAAGAGAACAUUAACGUCAGCGAGGUGUUUGAGACCUUGACCAGAGGCAUAUAUAACCUCUUCCAGCAAGGCAAAAUACCCACCCGAGAUGACUGGCAGGGGUUAACGGUUGGGGCCACCAUUAAAAAAGAGCCACCUGUGAUCAAAAAGUCUGCCUUAUGCAACUGCGGAUGACUUUACUGUGAGAUUCAGACUCAGACAAAUCUUCCUGGACAAAGUAUUGUAUUGAAAACAUUAUUUUACAUGCAUACUAAACAGCACUGAACAGUAUGUAGUUAAAGGGCUCAUAUCAUGAGGAUUAGAAUUUUAGAUAAAAGCAAAUCAGCAAAUUGCGAAAAAUUAAUGUAGCAAAGUGCUGAUACUCAAAUGCAAAAAUGGUGUUUACACUUAAGUCUUAAACAGACAAAAACUGAUUUUAAGGGACAGAAAAAUGAAAUGCAAAAUUAAAACGGUUUUUAGUGCAAUAUGAAUAAAUAAAUAAAUCCUUUUUGUGCACAUCAGAAAUAUAUAUAUAUAUAUUUGACAUUUUGUGCACGUCUGUAACAUGCCACAAGUCAUUUUCUCUCUAUAUGCCUGUCUGUUAUUCAGUUUGUGACACAGAAAGAGGAAAUGGCAAUUACAAACCUGUUCAGAGGAACUAAAACUAACUUCAGGCAAAUUUUUAUAGUAUUGUGGCUGUGCUGACUAACUGACAUUAUCAACAAUGUUUACAGCUGUCAUUUGCACAGAAAAACCUGCACAUUUGUAAAAAAAAAAAAAAAUGCAUGUAUUAAAUAUUAUUGGUUUAAUAAUGAUGGCCUUUCACAAGUCUUGUUUCUAUAGAAAUAGAUCUCAAUUAAUACAGCACCAUCUAGAGGCCUUGAUAAGCAACUUCCAAUAUAAAUAGUUUAAUUUUGUACAGAAGAGAUUUUAAUUCAGACAGUGACAAUACGUUUAUUGCAGUAGAUCUGAUUUUUAAUUGCAAUAAAAGCAUCGGAAAUGUUUCA